AUGGCGCCGGAGGUGAAGCCACACCCCUUCCGGAUCUUCGUCUCGGGACUUUCCAAGACACAUGUGCAGCGCUACGACGGCAGCGGAAUUGUGGAGGAGGAUAAUUUGGGCUACUUCUUCUACGACCGCGGGUGCAAAGUGGAGGAUGUGAGGCUGAUGGUGGAUCCCAGCACGAGCAAGUGCAGAGGAUUCGGCUUCGUGGACUUCACGGACGAGGAAUCCUUCGGGAAAGCGCUGGCACUCGCCGGCACGCAGGAUCCCGAGGGCGUGAAGCUGGACCCAGCAUCCCACGGCCAACUGAAGGUGGAGGCAGCGAAGCCUGCGCAGCCAGUGGCGCGCGACAAGCACCAGGAGUUGGCGAAAGCUCGGGAUCAAACGGAAGACAUGGAGCGCGCCCUGCGGUGGCGCGAGGCGAACGUCCGGGAGUUGGAGGCAGAGUUGCACAAGCAUCGCGAGCGGCAGAAGCUGAUGGAUGCGCAGCGCACCGUCGAAGUACGGCUGGCGGAAGAGCGGCAAAGGCAAGAUGAGCUGCGACUGGCAGAGGAGAAGCUGGCCGCAGUGGAAGAGGCGCUACGUGCCGCACUGACCUCGGAGCAGGAGCGGACGAGGGCACUGGAGGCCAUUGCCCACACCGUAGACGAGGAGCAUCGCAGGCCUGAUCCUCAUGGCGCAGAAGAAGUAGGCGAUGCUUCCGAGGAGGAAGCCCAGGAAGGGCCAGGGCUCGAGCUCCGCAUCAAGAAUACCUUCAUCGAGUUCUGCGUCCCCAAGGAGCACGAGCACCUGGUGAGAACUCGGACUGCUCCUUCCAUGGUCUCGCAGAUGGGCGACACAUCAGCUCCCUCGCCCACUGACGGCUAUAUGGAGGAAGGUGGAGCCACCUCUUCCUCACAGAGGACGUCGCCGCUCCUCACCAUGGUGCCAGCGCCAUCGCCCCCCGCGCCCUGGGCGCUCAAGCGAGACUCGUCGAGCAUCCUCCGAUCCAUUCUGGAAGACAAGAUGGAGGCCGAGUCUGAGCGGGACGCAGCAGAGAGCCGAGGUCGCAGUGCCUCCCAGCAAGCCAAGGGUCGGCAGAGAUCCAUCGAGAAGGCGGAGGCACCAGCUGCCGAGGCGGCCGCAGAGGACGCGGCUCGAGAGCAGCGAACAGGAGCGCUGUCGAUGCCUUCCGACCACAUCACGUCUUGGGCCGACGAGAGCGAGAAUCUGGAGACCGGAACUGCGGACCCUUGGUCUGCACCGGAAUCGGACGGCCGCCGGGAAGUGCGGCUCAGGAACCUCCCACUGCGGCCGGCGGAAGAGUUGAAGGAGCACAUCUACAAGGAACUGGCACGCCUCUGGCGCGUGGUUCUCAAUCGCUCCGAGCCAGCUGUUGAGUCCAUGAGCAUCGCGGACCACCAAGAUGAAUCUGUCGCCAGUUCGCUGGCUCGUGCUACCGGGACGGAGGCGACGAUCGUCUUCGAACGUCCUCAGGAUGCAAAGUGGCUGGUGGAUAUCCGACAGCCACCCAACUGGACCAGCGCGCAGACGAUGUCCAUCCGUGGCCGUGUUCUGCAAUCUGAAUGGCCACCGCUCCCACCCCCCGUGGACUGGCGUCGCCUGCGUUACAAGGCCGACACCGACGCUUCUUCGCAGGUUUCCUACGACACGGUUGGGACGAGGCGUUCAUGCAGCCACGCCAUCCAAGCUAGACGGCCCGGCGAAGCGCCGGCGGUGCGGAAGGGCGACGACCACCCGCCGCAGAAUCGGACGGUGAUCUUGACCGGCAUUGCCCAUCAUCUUCCAGUGCACACUGUGCGCGCCGAGAUCCUUGAUCUUCUGCGACGGCUAUGGAAUCGGGAUGGUCUGAAGUUCGACCCCGAAACCCAGCUCCAUCGUGGGGCUGAAGGCGGCCUCACCGUUCGCCACUCCCGGCGCCCUGGCCAGGAGAAUGACGGCAGCUGCGUUGUCCGACUUCGGAACUACUGCGAUGCAAAAUGGCUUGUGGAGCAGGCCCGCGGCCUGAGCAUCGAGGGCCGACCCCUGCGCGCGAUGUGGGCUCGGCCCCGGGACGGUGGACGGUGA